ACACCAGUGAUUUUCUGCAAGGUUCAAUGCAAUGAAUGAAAGAAGAGCGCUUUUUUGACCUCUGUCGGUGUCUUCGUUAUUUGUGUGACAUAGUUUUUGUCAGGCCUCUGGAUUGCAUUAUGAUAUUAUGGAUGACAGUGGGAAUAAUCCACAAAGAAAACAGGGUACAAGGGUUUUUAAGAAAAGCAGUCCAAACGGAAAAAUUACAACAUACUUGUGUAAGAGAGACUUUAUAGACAGUCUAGCACACGUCGAUCCUAUUGAGGGUGUUGUCCUGGUUGACCCAGAAUAUGUCAAAGGACGGAAGGUCUAUACUCAUGUAUUAUCAGCAUUUCGUUAUGGUCGAGAGGAUCUUGAUGUUCUUGGGCUAACGUUUCGGAAAGACCUAUAUCUUUCUUCGGCUCAAGUUUACCCUCCAGUUUAUGCCUCUGAAAAUGGUGAAUCUGGAAAAGUUCUUUUAAAUCCUGCAAGUACAACCGCAUGUGGAGCUCCACGGUCUUCUUCAAACAAUAAUUCUGAUUUGGAAGGUGGUGAAGAGUCAGGAGGUGCCUCACAAUCUGGUACUCUCCCAUUAACCAGACUACAGGAACGUUUAAUCAAAAAGUUGGGUUCCAAUGCAUUUCCAUUCUAUUUUAAACUUCCUCCAGAUGCACCGGCUUCAGUUACACUUCAACCAGGACCAAAUGAAAAUGGCAAGCCAUGUGGGGUAGACUAUGAACUACGCACAUAUGUAGCUGACAAUUCUGAUGAAAAAUUACAAAAACGGAAUGCUGUUCGACUAGCUAUUCGUAAAUUGACGUAUGCCCCCGAAGAACCUGCUCCACAACCAUCUGCAGUUGUUUUGAAAGAAUUUAUCAUGAGUCCUGGCACUCUACGAUUGGAGGUUUCUUUAAAUAAAGAAAAAUAUUAUCAUGGAGAGUCGAUUGAAAUCAACGUGUUGGUAGAUAAUAAUUCAAAUAAAACUGUUAAAAAGAUUAAACUUUCAGUUCGUCAGUAUACUCAAUUAUGCUUGCAUAAUAAUAAUCGUUAUAGUUGUGUUGUCGAUGAAUUGGAAACUGAUUUAUGCAAUCCAAAUCAUAAAGAAAAUCUUGGCAUGACUGUUCAAUAUCGUGUAAAAGUUCGACUGGUUCUGGGAUUUGUUUCAAGUGAUGUCAGCGUUGAACUACCGUUUACACUUACUCAUCCAAAACCUGAUCCAGAAACUGAUGGAGGUCUGUCUAAGAUUGCUGAUGUUGAUGAAGAUGCAGCGCAUACUUCACCAUCAUUAUCAUCUGAAUCAAAUAAUCCAUCAAAGUGUGGGACAAAUGAAAUGAAGUCAUCUCAUCAACAGUCAAGUAAACAAGCUACAUCUAGUCAAAAUGUAAAUAUUAUUGAUGAUUUAAUUAAAUUAGACGAUGGAACAAAUGAAAAAUCACGUUAUCAGACAAAUGGAAAACGUCAUACAAUCGGUGAUGACGAUGAUGAUGAUUUAAUCUUUGAAGAUUUUGCACGUUUACGUCUGAAAACCUAUGAAGCAGAUAAACCAAGUGAUCAAUUGGAUCCAUCGACUGGGGGAGUAACUAUGACUUCCGAUUCAUAAUAUAUUAUAUAUAUA